CCAAAGCCAUCACCAGCGCAUUCAUAGCGGCCCGUAUUCGCUGCGUCUGGCACCUUACAGCCCACGAAUUCUCUUCGCCGACCGCCGCUCGAACGCUGCCAGCGCGCCUAGACAGUCCAUAGCACGUUCGCAUCAGACAGCGAGCUCCCGCGAGGGAGCCUGCUGCUAAGAGUCAGCAUUGCCUCGGGGCGGGGCGGCAAUCGCUCUCCCGGUUGAUUACUUCGCGGGAAAAUAGCCCAUGGACUCUGCAACUCAGCACCGGCAGCAGGCGCGCGAUGUCUUGUCGGGCAUAGGGUUCGAUGCAGACGCAGUUAGCAGCUUCGAGCAGGAGACACUGGACAGGCUCGUCAGCGCCAAGUUUCACUUGCCAGGGCGCCUUCGUGCGGCCACCUGCGACGGCCUCAAGGAAGCUGGACUGGCGCCCGGUGACGUGUGCUUCGUGAUGGCCCAGGUGCAAGGUGGCGGUGGUGGUGGCGGCGCGGCGGCUGCGGGCACGGAAGCAGGGAUGGUCUCCAGCGCCGCCGCAUCACAACUCCUUACCGAGGUUACCUGCUCGAAUGUGGUGCGCCUGGUGGACGCGGACGAGACCGUCGGCUCCUGUUGCCUGGUCAGCUUCAACGGCCGGAACUUCGUGCUGGCCGCGCGCCACUGCAUGAACCCCAAGCCCGGCCAGCGCAUCAACGUCAAGAGCUUCGCAAUCUGCGGCCACAGGCUCAGGCAUCUCGCCAGCUUCCCGAAGCACGACGUCACGGUGCUGCUGCUGGACGACAGUGCGGAGCUACCUGACGUGCUGCGGAAUGUUAACCCCUUCGAGGUGGACGGUGGCAUAGGGCUGAUGCCUGGCAUAGCGGUCACGCUGAUCGGCUUUCCGCUCGCGGCAGACAAGACCGUCGUGGGCUUCCAGCAGUCGGGUCUCCCCCUGGUCGCCCCGGGUCUCGUCUGCUGGCUCAGCAAGGAGGCGGACGAGGCGAUCGGUUCGUACGCAGGGGCGUUCCCCAACUGCAGCGGCGGCGCUGUGACCUUCGGCCGCCCGCCUUCCCGGUACCUGGCUGGCAUGCACUCAGGUAUGAUGUGGCACGAACACGGAACCAACCCGCGGGACGUUACAACAACAGCGGAUCAGGACGACGAAAGUGGCAGCAGUGCAGCAGCAGCGGUUACAGCGGCCGGCGGCGAGCUUGUGGUGGAGACGGACAGGUGGUCCGCAGGCAACGGCGCCACAGGGCUGGCCGAGCAGGAGCCGGCGUGCGGCGGUGGCAAGCGGAAGCCAGCUAGCUGGCAGGAGGGCCGGGCUCGUGACUGCGCCGUGCAGUACUGCCUCAACAACGUGAAGCACAAAUCGUGCAUGGGGACGUUCGUGCCUGCACACGUGCUCGUCCGGCUGCUGAGCCGCUGCCAUGAGCUGCUGGCUGCAGCUGGUGACGAGGACCGGGGGCGCUGAGCGAGUAGCGCUGGCGACUGGAUGCGUGCCCCGGCAGGACAGGUUAUUAUCGUUGGCAAUCACCUUCAGCCACAGACGGUAUGGUGUGGCAUGGUGUGGUGUGGUUAUCAGGUCGAUGUCCCAUUUCCAUGCAUAUGGAUUUGCAUUAUUUGUUGCCUAGCAUCUUCGCCGUACGCAACUGUACAGCAGGGGGCUCGCAAUGGUAGGCUGCCCUUUCCCAUGUGCGCAAGUGUGGCUUAUUAGUUGAAGAGUUUGCCUCAAGCGCCUGAACGUGCGCCCUGGCCGGCCCUGCGUGCUGCGCCAUACGAGCCCUAAGCUGGGCUCGGCAGCCUCGCAGCAGAGCCCGAGGCAGCGCCCAAAUCUGGCUCCGGCAUCGCCUGCAAUGUCAGACUCUCGCGCUUGAAGUGCUGGCGCAAGCGCCCGCCACCGGCCAGGUAGAUGCGCAUCAAGACCAGUAGCGGCGGCGCGCAUGGGGUACCAGGGCUGUGAGGGCUCAGCAGCGAGAGCGCGGAGAAUCUGGGAACAGGCAGUUGCAGGCAGUUGCAGCAUGACACCGAGUAUUCACUGUAUGCACUGGCUAUGGAGGUUGCAUCAGCAGGUCAGGUCAGGCAGAGGUCCAAACCGGGCGCUGCUGCGCCUGCUGGUGGACAAGUACGCGCACCUAGUGGUGUACAUGGACGAGUACUACACCAGCCAGGCCGUGACGCCAACUCUGCGACGAACAUGCGGCACGCGCUGAUGCAGAUGCUGCUUGGUAGAGCGCGGCCUGCGGCCCUGCGCCGCGGUGGCAGCGGCGGCGAUGGUGGUGGUGGAGGGCCUGGCCCCACCACCACCACCAGCAGCAGCAGCAGCGGCGGCAGCAGCAGCGGCGGUAGUAGCAGCAGCGGCGGCAGCAGCAGGAGCAGCAGCGGCACAGGGCCUGGCGGCAGCGGCCCUGGGCCCAGCAGUUGCGGCGUGCAUGUGCGUAGCGGAGGGGGCGAGCAAGGCCACGUGGAGGAGGACAGCGCGGCGUCGCCCAAGAAGCGGCGCCGGCGCGCAGGUUGAGGCCACCCAGUUUCUCGUUAGCGUCUGUGCUGGCGAGCAUAGCACCGCGCAGUAUGUGGUAGGCCGCGGCAGUGAGGAGUGUUGUGGCUAGUGGAUUCCCUGCUGUUUGGUUGAUUGCUGGCUGUGCUGUUGCUUGAUAGCUGGACGUCGCUGGACGCAUGGCGGGCCGUGCCUGUACGAACCGACCCCGGCUAUGUCCGGGAGAUGAGGUAGGCGCUUGCGGCCGCAGACUGUGAGAAUACUAGCGUGCUGCGUGUUGGGGCUGGCCGUGAAUUGGACCUUGUCAUGUGAUCGUUGGUGUGCGCUGACCGCUGCACUACCCCAUAGGGUUGCAGCUGCGGCUCAUCCGCGCACCCCCCGAAGGGGGUUGCUCGCCCCGAGAAGAACAGGGACGAUCCACCCUUUUGGGCGUAAGUGGGCGCCGCAGACAUAUUCCUAUCACCCAUUGCGUAAACAUUGUCC